CACUUUAAUAAGUCGCUUUUUGCAGCAAAUGGGUGCAAAUCAAAUUUUUCCAUGACGUGCCUUCAGCCACUUGCAGCGAAUCAAUUCAGCUGUCACAAAAGUCUAAAUUUGUAAAAAAUCUCUUUAAUUCUAUUAUGUCUUGUAAUCACUGCAAUACGAAAUUUAAUUUUUUCCACAAGGAAAUGGGCUGUUCAAAUUGUGGACUGUCCUUUUGCAAUAAAUGUCUGAAGCAAAAAUGCAAAAUCCCCAACAAGGGCACAGGCGAAUUCAAUGUGUGCAAACUGUGUUACUCCAAACUGGCAUCAGGGACAAGCGCGACACUGCCCCAAAUCGCGCCCCCCGACGCUUUCAUAAAUCCCAGGCGUCCCGUUCCCCGUUUCAUGACCCAGACCUGCCUCAGGCGAUUGGAAAAUCUGGAAAACCCGGCCGCGCCCCCUAUUACAAUGUACAAAAACGACCCGAAAAUCCAGGCUUUACGCAGCGGUUUGUCGCCGGCUGACCAGAAAAUUCUGGAUCGGUUGGAGAAGCUUAAAGAUGAGAAGGGGCCCCCGCCCAGUGAGGGGGAGCUAAGGAGGCGGUUGGCCAGUCUUAAGGGGGAGAACGACUACGUGGAGGGGCCCAGCAGACUUUUGUUUCAAGUUGAUUCAAGGACGGAUCAACAGAAAGCUGACUCGCUCCUUGAACAGUUUGUGAAUGAGAGGGACAUCGAGUUGGCUCACAACCCCCAGGAGGAGAUUGAGGCGCGUUUGGCGACUUUGAGGGAGCAAGGAGUGAGACCAAACGAGGGACCAUAUAUUAGUAAUUUGCACGACUCUAGUAGCUCUGAGGAGGAAGUGGAUAAAAUCACGAAAAAGAUCAUGGACGAGGUGGCGAUUGAGGAGCGUUGCCCCAAAUCAAAAAAACUCACUCCAAGUUCGUCAAACGAAGAUGAAAACAACGUACGAUCGUCUCCGGAGCUUCCGUGGUGCGUUUUGUGCAACAACGAUGCGAAAUUCCGGUGUUUUGAUUGUGGAGGUGAUUUAUACUGUAGCGAGUGUAAUGUUGAAGUACACAAAAACUGGGGAGAUACCGAUCACAAAGUUGUUCCAUACAAGUCGAAAUGAAAUUUCGUAGAUUUAGAGCAAGUUACAUAUUUUUACAACGGAUUUUCAAUAUUUUUGCUUAACAUUCCCGGAAUUAAAAAAUCGUUGAUGUGUCGAGAUUUAGCGGUGAAUGUGGAUAUAUUGUACGAAGAAAUUUAAUCAAUGUCAUGUAAAUAAAGAUUUUAAGAGA